AUAUUCUCUUUAUUCGUGUACACACAGUCAUUGUCCCCUAAGAUGUACCCACUUGGUGUUCAUAAACCAACAAUGAGGGCUAGGUUACUUCUCGUCGUUUCCUUCGUAGUCAAUUUCAAAAUUUAUCACAGUUCCAACACUGUUUUCCUGCAAAAAUUUAUGCAGUUUAAUCUAACUUCUCCAGGGGAAGAGACUUCUUCACCAACAGAUUCGAGACCAGAAGCAAACUCAAGCGAUACCUCCAAUGACUCUAACGUUCUUAUGUUGGACCUUGGGCACUCUCCCGUUUGUCCAAGCGAGAUGAACAUAUUUUGGCAACUGAGGCCACCGUUCACUUCGGAAAGAAAUGAUAGCAAAGAUAAACCGACUGAUGGGAUUUUCCAUCAAGCUUUAGAUUUCGCCAUAGGCGAGUGCUGCCAAUUUUACAAGGGAAAUAAACCUGUAAUGCGUUACUUAGAAAUGACCGAUAAUUCGACUUCGCUUCGCAGCCAUAUUCUCGCAGAUGAAACGAGCUUGGUGUUUCCCGUACAAGAAGAUUGGUUCAUAGGUCGUAUGCUCUACAUUAAUGUAUUGGAUUCUCCUGGAGUUGUUUUGAUUCGAAGAGAAACUUUUUAUUCAACGGAGAGAAGAACUCAGCUGUUGAAAGCGAUUUUUGGAACGUGGCCUAUCGUAAUUUUAAGCCUUUUGUUAUCGUCUGUUGCUGGAAUCUUCAUAUGGAUGUUGGUAAGUCACGCAUUCAGUAAAAAUUCAAACAACUUUUGCAUUUAUAAAUGCAACAGCAGUAGACUUCAAGGCCUUAAAAGGCCUGGAAGUAUUGCUAAUUUUGUAAAUAGUUCAACAGAUGCAUACAGCUUUUAUCUUUAACUACAAUAAAACCGUAAGUGAAGAGGCAAAGACUUUAGUCACUUCCACGAUAAUUUGGAUUGCUCAAGCCAGUACUGCUGGAAUAGAUUUAUGAAUUUCGAGGAUCAACACUAAAUAAAACAUUUGGUGAAAAUACAAAGACAGCUGCAUCUUUAAAUUACUCCGUUUAUGUCGUAUCUAAUAGUGAACAUUAUCUACAGAACACUCUUGGCCUACUUGUCCUUUUAUAUGUGAAUAUUAAUUAGUGUGGAUCCCGCUUCUUACCUUUUACCUUUUCUCACCCUCGAAAUAAUCCGCAAAACCCUCAAGAGCAUCAAGUUAAAAAUAUUUUCUCUAACUUACGUCUAGAAAAUUUAGAGAUACUUUUUUUUUAAUUUCAGAUAACUUUUGUUAGCUCUGUGUGUUAUAAUUUUGCAUUAGAAUCACAAACUUUUGAAUGAUCAAUUGAUCUGGAGGGCAUAUCUUCAUGUGGGGUCGCAACCUGGGUUGAAAAAUCGAUUUGAUUUGAUUCAAAGUCGGCUCCAGUUUUUUUUAAUCAUAUCCCAGACUUAGAGCCUAACGUCAAGCAAAUAUCAAGCUGACCACCUACGUUCUGUUAACACCACCCUUCUUAGGGUGUUCACCUGCACUUGCGGACUAGGAACAGUGUAUAGAGGUUACUAAGGAGUAAACACGACCAGACACAUUUGGGAAAAUGGCGUCAAAAUUGAGGCUUUCUGAAUUUGGAAAACAAAUGGAUAAAGUGAAAAUCAUGCGCUGUAAAGAUCCGCUCUACGCUAUUUAAACCACACUCUGUUGACUACUAAUUGAUUUGUUUUCCUUUUGUUUCAAGGAAACUAGAACAAACAAAGAGGAGUUUGGUCGUCCUUUCUACCGUGGAGCUUUUGAUGGAUUCUGGUGGGCGUUUGUCACCAUGUCAACAGUCGGGUUAGUAAUUUUAUACAGUUUAAAGUACAGGCUUUCUGUAAAAUAAAUUUGAAAAUCCGUUUGGUGUCCAAAAACGACGAAAGGAGAUCUUGGUGUACCGUGCGUAUGGCUGUGCCUACAGUUUUUCGCAGCUUCCAAUUUUUGAAAUCAAAUGAUUACAGUAAAACAGAAUGUAGAAAGUGCUCAUUGAUUGACAGCCUUUCACACAACGCGAAACUGGGAUAGUAUAGCUUUCUCUGCAUACUCAACCCUGUUCCGCUCUGCCCUGUCAGCUUAUAGCCAACCACUCACUCGUUUUAUCUCAUUUCUUCUAUGGUGAAAUUUUACUGAUGGAAAGUAAUAGUAUCUAUGAUCACUUCAGGUAUCGGUUUAACUCACCUGAUCCUGAGGUAGUAAUUAAAAAAAUGUAUUUGCCGAUAUGGUACUUUAAACAUUCAGUUCGCUUGCUCAGAAUUAUAGCCCUUAAUAAGGAAAAAAUUAAAUCAGCAUUUAAUUGUUCUUUUGAUGUGUCGCACAAUCCAGAUAUGGUGAUAAAACCCCAAAGUCAAUAGGUGGCAGGUUGUUUUCUGUGGUAUGGAUUAUAACUGGAAUCACUGUAUGCUCUGUACUGACUGCCACACUUGCAAGUGCUUUGACGAAUGUCACAGUGGAAAGAUAUGAUGUCACCGCAACAAAAACCGUAAGCCGUAUCUAACAAUUAAGUUUUAUGUAUCUAUUGUAGCACUGUGAAGUAUUCCAGGUUGUUUUAAUAUAAUUUGAAAAAACAUGAAUGAUGUUACUGACCAAGUAUGCGUACUGACCCUCCAUUCUAACAUCAUAUCUAUACGCUGAUGCAUUUAUGACCACUGCCUUCGAGACUUUAGCAAGAUUAUAGCACUGUGUGAUAAAAUUGCAGAUUGGCGCACAGAAGGAAAGCUUUGCCUUUAAGCAAGCUGUAAACCUCGGAGCAAACGUUGCAGGUAAGCAAAGGGGAUGCGGCGGAAAUGCUAUUAAACUCACUUAUGUAAUCUGACUCUGCAAGGAAGACCAACUAAGAAAAUUCAGACCAAUAUAAAUUGGUCGUCAUAUCCAUGAUAGACUCGUAACGGCGAAAGGCUUUAAAACACCGAUGGAAAGUUAGAACGUUUGGUUUCGUUUUAAGAAGCAUGCUCCUAUAUAAAAGUUUACAUUGACGAUAAUAACUUUUAUCAUGACACUGAAAAACUUAUAAUUAAUGUUAAGAGUAAUUUAGGCGUUUCUUCAUGCAUUUAUCAUUAAAAAAUAAUCGGUGGUCAAUUUUCUUUGUUUUUUUUCAUUAGAAUUUGAAAACCUUCAGGAAGCGUUCUUUUCUUUGGAAAACGGAUCUGUAGAAGGUAUUUUGGAGGAAAUGUUCACUGGGAUUGAGUUUAUGAAACGGAAACGUAAUGAAGGAUUAUCGAUUGCUCAAGUGUUUGAAAGACAACACUACUACGGUGCAGGAAUAAAAAGGGAUGGCUUCAGUGCUAAGGUGUUGGACUGCCUACAAAAAGUCGUCAACUUUGUCUCUGAGGAUAUCUAUUCCAAUACAAGCAGACUUCUUAAAUCUUUCAAAGUAAGGUCUUCACAUGUGAGUUAUACCCCCUUUUAG